AUGGGACUCAUGCACAUAACAGGUCACCGCGACGGCCCACCCGCCAAAGUAGGCGUUGCAGUCACCGAUCUGACCACCGGCCUCUACACCUCCAACUCCAUCCUCGCAUCUCUGUUGCAACGCUCCCUCACCAACAAAGGCCAAUGGAUAGACAUCUCCCUCUCAGACUGCCAAGUCGCCACCCUCUCCAACCUCGCCUCUUCCCAUCUCAUCAGCGGCAAACCAGAUUCAGGCCGUUGGGGAACUGCACACNCCUCCAUCGUACCCUACAAAGGCUUUUCCACCGCAGACGGCAGUAUCAUGCUAGGCGGCGGCAACGAUCGUCUUUUCGGAGUGCUUUGCGACCGCCUUGCAAAGCCCGAAUGGAAACAAGACCCCAAAUUCGUGACUAAUGCAAACAGAGUGGCCAAUAGGGAUUUGCUCGAGGAAUUGAUUACGACGGUUACGAAGACGAAAACUACACAGCAGUGGUUGGAUGUUUUUGAGGGCAGUGGCAUGCCGUAUGCUGCUGUUAAUGAUAUUGCGGGAACGAUGAGACAUGAACAUGGUAAGUGUUUUGCCUCUGCUUCUCCAUAUCCUCCUUCCUCGCUCUUUCCUUGUUUCUUCCUUCCUUGCCCUUUCCCUAUCCCUUCCUCCCAACUCCAUUCUCUUUGA